AUGAUGGACACAGUCGCCGAAACGAGGGACGAUGGUGACUUGCUUCUCGAAGCCGCUUAUGACGACUAUAGCAUCCUUACAUGUACUAUGGACCUUACCAUCCCGCCCCAUUCACCGCCUCAACGGACCAAAGGCACAUACAUGGUCGAAGACGCAUCAAAGCGUCAGAACGAGGAAAUAAUGGCAACCGACACACCACCGGAGGAAGACGACUCUGUCGUUCGUAUAGGCCCGCCACUACUGACGAUGAUCCCACACGACGAGACGGUGGCAUGGGCCGAAGAGUUGCUGCAAGAGGCAGACAGGGCUCUCCAUGCCAGUAACUUGCAAAAGGAAGUUACGGUGAUCAAGAGGAUUGUAGCACAAAUCAAUGGGAAACCUUGUCAAGACGAUAACACCAACCAAAAGAUUAGGACACCACCACCUCCGUCCCAGAGGAAGAAGUUGGACGACAUUGUGCUGGUCGAGAGAACACCACGCAUGAGCGAAAGCCGACCACCGUUGGAUCCAAAUCGUUCUUCUCCCAAACGGAGCCCCCGAUUGUUUCGUGAAUGCCGCAACUAUGUCUUGUUACUAUGGAGGAUCAACUCGACCACGACCACAACUGCCAAGGGAGACUACGAUCUCAAGAUUCCCAGUGCCUCGGCAGCAGCACGCCUGUCCAUGAUGGAUAUCUAUCCCUUUGCAUUUGCAUUGUAUGCAUCGAGCUCUUUGAGCGAACUAAAGUUACCGGAUGAUUUGCUCUGUGCCAAAUUGCAAGUGGUCCUUUGGAACGAUUCUCCGCAGUGCGAAUUUGUACCACACGGACACACGCCUCCGGAGGAACAAAACCACUUUUUCGGUACCGUCCUGACGUGUCGCCGCAACCGCAAUCGCAAUUCGAAAGACUGCUGUUUGCCCAGGACACUCCAGGAGCAAAAGCCCUAUCUCUGUUUGAUCAUGGCAUUGCUCCGGAGGCUGCGAGUGCAGUUGCUCCACCAAGGAAAAUAA